UGGCGAGGUCAGUCUGUCGACGGCAUCCACUGUUGCAGGAACUGUCUCGUUGCGGCGUUACAUUAAUCUAUCGUUUUCCCGUCGGAUUUGAUCGCGUAUAUUUUAUCAGUGCGGCGUGUUUUUGCAGUGCGCACAUCUUCGGAUCGAUUAAAAAUAAUUAUUAUAUAUUAUUACGACCAAGUUUUUGACCAAGCUCGGUUUAUUUUAAUUUUUUUGUCCGGCGUGUAUCGUGGUGUGCGGUGGCGGUAGUUAACCCGAACGUAAACCUAUGUGGCUGUACAAAUAUCGGUACAAAAGCGCGGGCGAACCAUCGAGGAAAUGACCACCGCCGCGAUUUCGCGUCUUCGGCCUGACGGCGGUGGUGUCGCGGGCCGGCCGUCGCGCCGUCCCCGCUACGUCGUCGAGGCCAACACUACUGUUCUGCUGCUGGUGCCGCUUUUAAUGCUGGCCCUGGCGACGGCGUCCCGUGCGGCCGACAGCUGUGAUUGGAGCGGAAGCGGACUGACGUCGGAUUCGUCGGAACACUCGGUGCGACCCGUCCGAUUGGACCGGUGCUGGGCGGGCACGGUGCGCUGGUCGUACCCGCGAGGCGCGCUAAGGGUGGUGUUCCGGUUGACGGGCACCAGUGGCGGCCGCGAGUUCCGCGUCUGCCUCAAACCGGACAGGCUGGACGGCGUGCGCGUGCUGUUGGACAGCGCACCCCGUCGCCUGAUCGCCGUAUACGAUUACCGCAAGGCCGGCGAGCCGCUCCGGUCGAGGUGCUUCAAGAGCGUCGGUGGCACGGCCGCGUUCUACGUGGAGGCGGACAAGACUGGCGACCGGUCCGGUCCCGUCCGGUUCCGGUAUGAUCUCGAACCGCUCGCCGAGCCCGCUCCCCAACUUUUCGUAGCCGACAACCUCGACGACGAAUGCCGACCGUGUACCGUUGAAGAAAUGACACAAGCUUACUGCACGAGUAGUUUAGUGGUUCAAGGCACCAUAGUGGGCGUGUCUUACGACGGCGAUGUGUCGCGCGUGCGCGUGAUGCCCACCAAGGCGCACCGUCUGCCGCCCGAAGAGGACGACCAAGUGCAAGUGUCACAGCCGCAACAACAGCAAGAGGACGAAAGCGGACGACCGCGGCGCGACGACCGGCGGACGAUGACCAUAACGUUCGGCCGGGGUUGCAGGCCUGCGGCCGGGCCCGGCGAGUUCGUGUUCAUGGCCCGAACCAAGUUCGACGAGUUGGCCCUGCGGUGUGCGCCCAGGCUGGAGGAAUGGAGGCAAGCCGUCAAGGCAGACAAAGCUCCCGGUUGCAUUCUGGCCGGUUGACCU